UUUCGCUUCCUUUUGGUCGGUUCGGCCUCUGGAGCGUUGUGUCAGGUUCUAGGUGACGGGCCCGAGAAGGUCCGAGAGGAGGGUCUGUCCCCGCUACACAGGGGCGCGUCUGAGGCUCGGCGACGCAGCCCGGGGUGCCCUGCGCCAGGCCUGGGACAGUGACCGCCGUGCCCGCGUCUCGCCUCCUCUCCCGCCGCUUCUGGCCCCGCUCCGCCCAGGGAGUCCGAUGGCGGCGGCGGCCCUGAGGGACCCGCCUGAGGGUGGUGUGACCUUUGAGGACAUUGCCCUGUACUUCUCCUGGGAGGAAUGGAAGCUCCUUGAUGAGGCUCAGAGACGCCUGUACCAUGAUGUGAUGCUGGAGAACUUUGCACUUAUAUCUUCACUGGGUUGCUGCUGUGGAGCAGAGGAUGCAGAAGCACCCUUUCAACGAAGCAUUUCUAUAAGCAUGUCACAGGCCAGGACUCCCAGGGCAGGCUCAUUUUCCCAGAAGAGCCACCCGUGUAAGAAGUGUAGUCUGGUCUUGAGAGGUAUUUUUCACUUGGCUGAGCAUGAAGAAGCACAACACAGCCAGAAAGUGUUCGGGUGUAGAAUAUGUAUGAAACGAUUUCAUUUUAGUGCAAACCUCCAAAAACACCAGAAGCAGCAUAUGGAAGAGAAAUCCUUCAGAAACGCUGUAGUCAGGGCCUUGUUUGUGAAGAGCUGCAAAUGCCAUGUGUCAGGAAAGCCCUUUACCUGUGAGGAAGUUGGGAAAGACUUUCUGGCCACCUUGGGACAUCUCCAGCAACAGACCACUCACACCAGGGAGAAGCCAAACAAGAUUGCCCAGCGUGAGGCAACAUUACCAAGCAGAGAAAGUCAUUACAGCCGGGGAGAAUGCAAGAAAGCCUUCAGCCCAAAACAGGCACUUGUUCAGGACCAGGGUGUCCACCCUGGAAGACAUUGUUUUGUGUGCAGUGAAUGUGGGAAGACAUUCAGGUACAAAUCCUCAUUUAUUGUGCACCAGAGAGUGCAUACUGGAGAAACGCUUCAUGUGUGUCGUGAAUGUGGAAAAUCUUUCAGACGAACCUCAACCCUCAAUCUGCAUCGAAGAAUUCAUACUGGGGCGAGGCAGUACAAGUGCAGCAAAUGUGGGAAAUCCUUUAACCAAAACUUUGUCCUUAUUUAUCCCUGGAGAAGACACAUUGGAGAAAAUUGUUACUUGUGCAGUGAAUGUGCACAGUUUCCUAGCUGUAGAUCCAUCAUAGUUCGAGAACGGACAGUUCACACUGGAGAAAGGCGUUAUGAGUGUACUCAAUGUGGGAUAUCUUUUAGACGAAAAUUUUACCUCAUUGUACACUGGAGAGUUCACACAGGAGAAAGGCCUUACGAUUGCAGUGAGUGUGGGAACUCUUUUAACAAUAGCUCGGUGCUCGUCCUACACCAGCGAGUACAUAAAGGGGAAAGGCCUUUUGCUUGCAGUGAAUGUGGGAAAUCUUUUACCAAUAGCUCGAUACUCAUUCUCCACCGGAGAGUUCACACAGGAAAAAGGCCUUAUGAGUGCAGUGAGUGUUGGAAAUCCUUUAGUCAUCAAUCUUACCUCACUCAGCACUGGAAGGUUCAUAGUGGAAAAAGGCCUUAUGAAUGCAGUGAAUGUGGGAAAUCUUUUAUGUCUCGCCGUGGCCUCCAUUAUCAUCAGAGAGUUCACACUGGAUCAAGGCCUUAUGAAUGUAGUGAAUGUGGGAAAUCUUUUACUUCUCACUCUGGCCUUCGUUAUCAUCAAAGAGUUCACACAGGAGAAAGGCCUUAUGAGUGCAGUGAGUGUGGAAAAUGUUUUACCUCCAGCUCUGCCCUGUGUUAUCAUCAGAAGACUCAUGCUGGAGAUAGGCCUUAUGAGUGCACUGUAUGUGGGAAAUGUUUUUCCUCUGGUUCCACCCUCAGUAAUCAUCAGAGAGUUCACACUGGAGAAAGGCCUUAUGUGUGCAGUCAAUGUGGGAAAUCUUUUUUCUCUAGUUCCAACCUCAGUAAUCAUCAGAGAAUUCACACAGGAGAAAGGCCUUAUGUGUGCAGUGAAUGUGGGAAAUCCUUUAUCCAAAGGUGUUCCCUUCUUAAACACCAGAGAGUUCACACAGGAGAAAGGCCUUAUGUGUGCAGUGAAUGUGGGAAAUCCUUCACCCAAAGAUGUCACUUUCUUAUACACCAGAGAGUUCACACAGGAGAAAGGCCUUACAAGUGCAGUGAAUGUGGGAAAUCUUUUUCCACUAGUUACAACCUCAGUAAUCAUCAGAGAAUUCACACAGGAGAAAGGCCUUAUUUGUGCAGUGAAUGUGGGAAAUCGUUUAUCCAAAGAUCUUACCUUCUUAUACACCAGAGAGUUCACACAGGAGAAAGGCCUUAUAAGUGUAAUGAAUGUGGAAAAUCUUUUACCACUAGGAGGAACCUUCGUUAUCAUCAGGGAGUUCACACUGGAUAAAGGCCUUAUGAUUGCAGUGAAUGUGGGAAGUCUUAUAUCUAUAGUUCCAUCCUCCAGGAUCAUCAGAGAAUUCAUGU